CCCCCGUCUGCCCAACACGCAGGCGCGUCUCCUCAAAUCCCGUCCCUACCCCUGCUCCUCUUUCUCUUCAUUUCGUUCCCCCUCCUCUUCCAGCACCUCAGCAGGUUCAAACUCUUCUCCGUGAAGUGGCGGCGAUCGCGAGGUCACGUGAUGAGCAUCCUGCUGCCCAACAUGGCGGAGUUCGACACCAUCUCGGAACUGGAGGAGGAGGAGGAAGAAGCAGCAGCAACGUCGUCGUCGUCGCCGUCGUCGUCGUCGGUAUCUGGGCCCGACGAUGACGAUGAUGAUGAUGAGGAGGAGGAGGAGGAAGAGGAGGGGGAAGAGGAGGAGGAGGAAGAGGAGGAGGCGCCGCCCCCGCCUCGGGUAGUGAGCGAGGAGCAUCUGCGGAGAUAUGCCCCCGACCCUGUGUUGGUGCGGGGCGCCGGCCACAUCACUGUGUUUGGCUUGAGCAACAAGUUUGAUACUGAAUUUCCCUCAGUUCUAACAGGGAAGGUGGCUCCAGAAGAAUUUAAGACCAGCAUGGGCCGUGUGAAUGCAUGUUUGAAAAAGUCUCUCCCAGUCAAUGUGAAAUGGCUGCUGUGUGGUUGUCUCUGCUGCUGUUGCACACUGGGUUGCAGCCUGUGGCCUGUUAUAUGUCUCAACAAAAGAACCAGAAGAUCAAUUCAGAAGUUACUAGAAUGGGAAAAUAACAGAUUAUAUCACAAGCUUGCUUUGCACUGGAAGUUGACUAAAAGGAAAUGCGAAACUAGCAAUAUGAUGGAGUAUGUAAUAAUAAUAGAAUUCUUACCAAAAUAUCCCAUAUUCCGACCUGACUGAAGAGUUUUAUCCAGUCACUUCUGUGUUAUCUGUCAUUUCCUACCCUUAGUGCCUUGUAGAUGAUUUUGGAAUGAAGAUGGUCUCCUUUGCUGUGUUCAAUUUACUGUUUAUAAUGGUAGAAUAUUCUCCUUGCUCUUUUAUUUGUGUUGGUGUAUGAAGAAAAUUUGCACAUCUUUUUUUGUUGUUAAAUGAGGCUUGUGUUUUGCACUCUCAAAUUUUAAAUACACACACACACGUGUGCAUAUACGUAUAUAGAUAGUUGCCAUUAAAGAUAAAACAUCAGUGCUGGUGUUUAAAAACAAAAACUUGUUCUGAGCAUGCUGCCUUAGAAUUUUCAUACGCACUGUUUCUAAAUAUGCAUCAUUUUUCUAGGCUACUUGAUGCUCUGUAAUCCCUUACUGGACACACUUAAAUAAGCUUUCGGUAGCUUUUAGAAAUGGUUUUACUCUGCUUUAAAGGACAUGCAAUUAAUAGCACUGGUUUUGUCCUGCACUUUGCUAAAUUAUCACUUAUGUUAGUGGAUAAAAUAUUUAACUCCUAAAGACUUGUAAAUAGUGUCUCUUUACAUAAUGUAAAAUGUGGUAUGCCAUGGUUUACGGAAUGUAAUAUUCCUUUUACUGUAUUGCCAACAAUUCUGCAUAGAUUUGAAUAUGACUGAAUUUUGCAAGUAUCCUUUUGAAUGUAGAGACUGUUAACAUGCUGUUGUAUGGCAAAGCCAUAAUAAGUAUGUUAAGAAUUUCAGGUGUAGGGCAGGUUUGCCCUUUGUAACAAGUGGAUUAACAUUGAAAUCAUUCUCAGAUAUUCUGCAUAGCACCUGAAACCAAGAACCUUAUUAUUUCCAUUUCAUUUAAUUCUCCACUCCCACUGCUAAAAGAAUUUAUUUGACAUCUGACACAUUUCACAGCCUCACCAUUCUUCAUUUAUUUCCCUUUAUGUAGCCUUUCCCUCAUUUGAAAAUACUCACAAUUAUGACCUUAAAGAAGUAUUUUGAGAUUUCAGACAUCUUGGGAGGUAUCCAUGAAAGCCACCACUAACUGCUUUCUGGAGUUCUGAUAUUCUACUUUGGGAAAGAGGGAGAACUAAUUGAGAAGUUGUACCUAAAGAAUAUAUAGUAGCUGAUUCAUAAUUGAUAAAAUAUUCUCAAUCCUCUUUUUAAAAACAUUUGGAUAUUAUUAAUGAGAAAAGACCAAGUGUUUAGACAAAAGUAUUUUAGUUCAUAAAUCCACCACACACGUAGCCAUUUCAUUGGUGCCUAUUUCUCUGUUUCUCUUCACAACUAAGAUGAGUGAAAAAGCACUACACUCUAAGUCUACUAGAAUUUGAAAUUUUAGUAUAAUAAAAGCUUUAUAUCACAUUAAUUCAACUGCAAACGUAUGCCUCAGUAGGCAUUAUUUGUAAUUCAUAGUGCUAAAAAUAAAUUAAAACUGUCUGGGACUGAAUAUUUUAUUUGUCAUCUUACUCUUAAUUGCUUUUAGUAAACUUUUUAGGCAAGCAUUCAUCCCAGUAAAGAGAACAAUCAUUUCUUCAUACAAGGUCUAGCCUUUUUAUACCACUUUUAAAAUUUAUGCCUAAUUUGCAACCCACAAUCCUUGACCAGUUAAUAAAAAGAGGGGAAGAGGAGACGCUAUUUGAUAUGUGAUUGUAAUUGUUUGCACACUUUUCCCCCUCCCUCUAAAGAGCCCCAUUACCUCUAUGCCACUCAGCCACCCCAAAUCUCUAAUUUUUAAUGUAUUGUAUAUGCCUACAAAUACCAUGUGUCUGCCUGCUGCAAAAUUGAAGGUGUAUUUUUAUAGACAAGGUGAAAACCUCUGAAAAUGCAUACCAAAUGUCUUGUUUUAUAGCUAAGGUCAGGGAAAAAUUGUAUCUGUGGUUUAUAUGCCAGCUAAUGUCAUCAAAUUUAUGCUUCAAACUGUGACAUUUUAAUACCAAAAUUGAUUUCCAGCAUAAUGCAAAAUAUCUAAUUAUUAUUUAUAGAUUAAUUGCUUUCAAGUGUCAACCCUUAAAAAUUUUUUUUCUGUAACCUUCAAAUUUGACCAUAUGGUGGUCACAGUAGCUUUUUCUGCUAUGUAUAAAUCAUACUUGGUUUUGCUCAAAGAAUAAUAGGAAGUGAUAAAUCAUUUCCAUGAAACAAAUACUGAGAAGGGAAUAGAGUGUAUCUGGAGGUGACAGAGUAUAAUUCAAGUCACAGUAGUAUUUGUCAUAAAAACCAUUUGCCAGCAUGUGUAAACUUACUUUUAAAACCUACUCUAAUCACUCUUAAAUUUAUCAUUUUAUUGUUUAUUAUGCUGGUUGACUCAUCGUAGUUUCUUCAACUACCCAGAAAACACCGAAUUUUCUUUUUUUCUCUCUUAUGUGACUGCUUUUUCAAACUGUUUUUCCUUACGGGGGUCUGAUUCACAAUUGGGUAUUUUGGAGUCUUCUAGGGGGGUUGUUUUCAAUGAAAUUGGCUACAGUGAAUGCUGAAAUGACAGGGCACACUGUGGUGAUUAAUUCCUCCCCUAUCGAGCCUUUUUUCUUUUAUCCUUAGGAUAAAACAUACUUGUGUUUUUUCAUUGGGUAGUAUUUUUCUGAAAGUUGUUUUUAGAUUGAAGAAAGUGUUUUUGAAUUUCUUUAUUACAUUAUAUUCCUUUAUGAAACCUGUCAUGGUAGUUUCCAGAGAAAAAUAACAUGUAUUUGCCAAAGUAUAUAAAUCUCACAAUGCUUUGAGGUUACAAGUUAAAACUGUUUUUUUUUUAAUUAAUGUUUCAGUGCUUCUCAUUUGGCCCAAGAUUCUUGCUUAAUAAAUUAGUCCAACUGGUAAUUUUUAAGCUUUUCCAAAAGACCAAUAGCAUGUGUAUUAUUAACAACAAAUAUGGGCAAGUAUCAUUUACAGAGUUAUUAACUCUGUCCUAGAUAUGUCUUUACUCUUUGUUCUCUCCUAACUCCUAUGUUAAUUUAGAAAAGAGACCAUGAUAGCGAAACUUUAGAAGAAGAUGGAGAAGUGCCUUGUCUUUUUUGAACAAAGAUAGCAUAUUAUGCUGAAGGAAGCAGAAUAAAUGAAUUGGUCAAUCAUUAAAUUAGGAGUCAUCCUUUUCAACUAGGUAAAAGAAUAUUUUACUAAUGUAUUAUUUUUAUUUUAUUAUACAAGGCCUGUUUCCUUGUUUUCCCCUAAUCAUGUGAUAUAUUAGUGACAAAAUAUUACAAAACAGGAUGAUCAGUCACUUAAAAUUAAUAUAAUUCUGAUGCUAGUAAACAUGUAAUUUUAUGUGGUUCUGGAAGAACAGUAGUCUUUGAUUGAAGCCCUACCAAAGCCCACUUAAGUAUUUAAUGCUCAUGAUAUCCAUAUUAUGAUGUGUAAACACUGAGCAGUUAAACUGUGUUAAUAGUUAUCACUUUGCCAUUUUUAAUGAAAUUUG